AUUCUCCAAACACUACGGGUAAUUCACAGAAACGUCAAGUCAAUUUCCUCUACGUUCAUUUAUCUAACGUUUGAUCACGCUCUUUAUCGAAUAAAUACCGAAAUGCUUGACCGACUUGCUGGCCUGGGCAUGCUUAUUGUCGCUUCUGUGGUCUUCAUCUACUAUACGAUAUGGACACUUCUGAUGCCCUUUGUUGAUCCGGGCCACCCUCUUCACGAUCUGUUUCCCCCACGGGUUUGGGCGAUUAGGAUUCCGGUUAUUCUCAUUCUCCUUGGUUCGGCCGUUGUGGGGUCAUUUUUGGGUGUGGUCAUGAUUCGCAGUAAUCGGAAACGGGCGGCAAAGGCGCAGGCGGCGAAGAAGAAGGCGUAGUUUGCGUUUCUUUUCUUGUUUGAACAAGGCAGAUCUCCGAAGUCUGAAGGAACAUGUGCAGCGAGCCGAGACGCGGAAUGGAGCAGAUGCUGCCUCGGGUCAUAUUGAACAAAGCAUUGGCUGAUCUCCGGACGAGGAUGUUCUGCAUGGAACAUUAAAAAGGCAUUGAGUAAUAAUAUUUGACUCGGAGAAAGAGAUGCUUAAAAAAUUGAUUGCAUUUCAAGUCUGCCUGAAAUUGAGGGAAGGGAAGCACAC